GAGUCGAGAGAGCACUAAAGCUUGCUUCCUCAGCGAGUCUUUUACUUGGGCUUUAUCUGUUUCUUUCGUUCUCUCUGCGAACGAUAUCGUCGAGAGUGUUGAUCGGAGAAUCGAACGAGGAAUCGAAAUCUUCGUGGGCGUGAAGCUUUUAGAAGAUGAAGGUUUUCGUCAAAACUUUGAAGGGAACCCACUUCGAGAUCGAUGUUAAACCUGAAGAUACGGUGACCGAUGUUAAGAAAAAUAUAGAGACAGUGCAGGGUUCGGAUGUUUACCCUGCUGAACAGCUGAUGGUCAUUCAUCAAGGGAAAGUUCUCAAAGAUACUACAACGCUGGAGGAAAAUAAAAUUGUUGAAAACAGUUUUAUUGUUGUCAUGUUAAACAAGAAUAAGGUUUCAUCAACUGGAGCCUCAACUGCAGCAGUUGCACCUACGGUUCAGGCUCCACCAAGUUCUGCUCCUCCCACAGCAACACAACCAUCAGUUACAUCUCAGGCUCCUGCUCCGUCUCCUGCUCCUGCUCCUGCUCCUGUUGUAACAUCUACACAGACAGCCCCUGAACAUACUCCUGCUGCUGCUGCUCCCCCAGUUUCUUCAGAUGCAGAUGCCUAUGGCCAAGCAGCAUCAAACCUUGUCGGAGGAAGUAAUUUAGAGUCUACGAUUCAACAGAUUCUUGAUAUGGGUGGAGGAAGUUGGGAUCGAGAUACUGUUAUUCGUGCUCUACGUGCUGCAUUUAACAAUCCUGAAAGAGCUGUUGAAUAUCUAUAUUCUGGCAUACCUGAGCAAGCUGAAGCGCCACCAGUAGCUCAAGCUCCUGCUGCUGCGAGUCCUCUGGCCCAGGCUCAACAACCAGCAGCACUUCCUACUAGUGGUGCACCUGCUACUGGUCCCAAUGCAAACCCCCUAGAUUUAUUCCCGCAGGGACUACCAAAUAUGGGUACAAAUGCAAGUGCCGGAACCUUGGAUUUCCUACGCAACAGCCAACAGUUCCAAGCAUUGCGAGCUAUGGUACAAGCAAACCCACAGAUCUUGCAGCCUACACUUCAGGAGCUUGGCAGGCAGAAUCCACAUCUGAUGCAGCUCAUUCAAGAGCACCAGGCAGAUUUCUUACGACUGAUAAAUGAACCUGUUGUUGAGGGAGAAGGCAAUAUAUUGGGUCAAUUGGCAUCAGCAAUGCCACAGGCAGUGACAGUCACCCCUGAGGAGCGAGAGGCAAUUGAACGCCUUGAAGCUAUGGGUUUUGAUCGUGCUAUAGUAUUGGAGGUGUUCUUUGCUUGCAACAAGAAUGAAGAGCUGGCAGCCAACUAUCUGUUAGAUCACAUGCACGAGUUUGAGGAAUGAUCAAAGCGUCUUACCUGAUUUUUCUUGGCUUUUCCUCUAGUUUCCUUGUCUUGUAUCUUGACUUUCUCCUCUUUGAUCAACUCGGGUGAAUUUAGCUAUAUCAUUCCCCCCUGUUAUCCCAGCAUUCUGUCUUGUGGAGUUUGGAGCAGAUUGUCAAGAUGUUCAUGUCAUUAGAUCUCUUCUUUUUAUGGUUUAAUUUGUCUAAAUGUCGAUUACCAUAGAUACAUGAUUCCCUGUCGGAAUAUUAUAUUCAUGGCUUCUUUUCCCUCCACUUGGACUUUUGUUCCCAAUAGUUUCGGUAGCUCAUGAAAUAGAUCAAGCUAUUUGUAUUGGA